AUGCUUUGUUCAACAUGGCGGCCUCCUGAUGUCGGCGUGUGUGUGUAAACACCUGAAGCCAAAACUAGGAGCAAAUUUAAGUUUACAUAAAUGAUAAAUACUACGACAAUAGUAUAAUACAACCCGUCUUUGAUCGCACGAGGAAGCAACGAUGAAGCUCAAAUCAAAGUCGUCACAUCACAAAUCUGAGAACAAGUACAGGUUUCUCACUUUUUCGGAAAGACUUUCCAAUGUCAAGAUUGAUGUUAUUCAUCGUAUUGACAGGACUGGAUCUUACGCUGAGGAAGUAGAAACAUACUUCUCUGAAGGUCUGAGAAAAUGGAGGCAACUCAACUUGACAGAGCACUUCACUGCCUUUUGGAAAGAAGUGUCCAACAUGUGCCAUUCAUUCAACAUGCUGGUCUUCCAUCAGAAGUCCAUAGUGGAGAGUUUGAAAACACACCUGGCUGUUCCCAACAGUCUGGCCUACCAGCCACUCCUGGACCUGGUGGUGCAGCUGGCGAGAGACCUACAGACAGACUUCUACCCUCACUUCCCUGACUUCUUUGUUCUGAUCACCGGACUGCUGGACACCAGGGACACAGAGGUCUUGGAGUGGGUUUUCACAUGCCUGUCCUACCUCUACAAGUACUUGUGGAGGAUCAUGGUGAAGGACAUGAACAACAUCUACAGUUUGUACAGCACACUGAUGGCACACAAGAAGGAGCAUAUUCGCAAUUUCGCAGCAGAGAGCUUCGCUUUCUUGAUGAGAAAGGUUCCCGACCUUGACGCUCUGCUGACCCUUAUGUUCCUGGACCUGCAGCAGAACCCAAACAAGACACAGGGAGCAGGGCAGCUGCUGUUCGAGAUGUGUAAAGGAGUUCGACACAUGUUCCACUCCUGUGCUGCGACUGCUCUGCCUGUGGCUCUGCACAAGCUUGGCCCUACCACCAGCCCGGGGGUCUGUCUGCCAUGGGACACGGUCAGGGAUGCUCUGGAUCACAUGGCGCAGGCCGCAGCCAGCCACGUUGACAUAGAACACUUCCUGGUGUUGUGGGAGUCCUUACAGGCCAAUGUGGUGGAGCUCCUUGAUAAGAUAGAGGCCAAUGAAGAAGAGGCUGCCCAGGCAACUGAUCAGCUUGAGAGGCUGCUAUACAUUUUCCACACCCUGGUCUCCCACAGGGAUGGAGCCAAGGUCACCAAUCCAGAGGCUGUUUGCCAGACGGUGUUGCGGUUGAUUCAGAGCUCUGCUCUGUCGUCCUCCUGUUCACGUCUCCUGCUCCAGAUCACCUCAUCCCUGCUCCUCGGGGAGAAUAUCACCCUGCCUAAGUCACUGAUCCAGGAGGCAGUUCAGAAGGUGUUUGCCAGUCAGGUGGGAGAAGCCCUGAUAGUCGAGUUCACCAAGGAGAUGUUCACCAUGCAACAGUUUGAACAGCUCUUCCUCCCCAGCCUGCUUCAUUUCACAGCUGGGUUGUUUGGCUGUGGAGACAUCGCCUCUCGCAAUUAUGGCCUGGAUCUUCUGGUCAGUCUUAUCCUCGCUAAAGCCCCACCCCCUACAGAUGGCUCCAUGGCUUUUGAAACAUACCCACUACUCUUCACUGGACACGCGGCUGGCGGUGAGAAGAGCGAUCAAGCCAACGGUACGGCACCAGAGCAACUAGCAGUGCCAGAGCUGGUGCUGUCAUUGAUCAGAUCAUGUGAGCAACAGAGCCAGUGCAUCACUGACCUGUCCCUGCCUUGGGCCGCCCUCACUCUGCUCCCACACCUCAGACCUCUGACUCCAGCUAGCGUUGUUCCCGUUGUGACCACUUUCCUGAACCGCCUGCUGUGUGAGAUCGACAGUGAAAAACUGGGGAAAGCGGGUCUGUUUGUGGCCCGACAGGCCCUGAGCUGCCUCCUCAGUCUGGACAGUUCUGCACAGCUUCUCUCACUAGUAACUGUGGACAAGAUCACGUCGGUCCUCAGGAGGUUCCCCACAGACCUGUCAGCUCUUCUGUUAGGAGACCUCUACUACACGCGGCUGUCGCUGAGCGGCGUAUCGCAACAUCUUUCACACAGUGCACUGCUGGAGCUCUUCCAGAUCCUGCAUGCCAACCUCUCCUCCAACAUCUCCAAGAUCCGCCUGCUGACUCUAAGGAUCCUCUCCCAGUUUGAGGCAGACCUCCCUCCACAGCCUGCGGCCGAGGACAACGCGGACGUGCAGCCGGUGUUUGCCGUUUGCCUGCAGGCGGAGCUGGUGCCCGCCUCGGUUCACGACUACAGGGAAAAGCUGCUUCACCUCCGGAAGCUGAGACACGACCUGGUGCAACGCUGCCUGCCUCAGGGGCCGCCCGGCACCUUCCAGCAGGUGCCUCUACGUUAUCUUAUUGCUAUGCUGUUCAUCAACUUCAGGCCACUCUGGGACUCAGUUAUUGAACUUCUUGUGAGCCAUGCCAGGGGGAUGGACAACAAGGACUUCUGGGGCGUCUACCAUGAUCACCUGGAUAUGGUGGCAGGGCAAGCUGAGAAAGAACUGCAAAGUGAUUGUGAAGACGAUGGCCUUAGCGAAGAGGAAGAUGAGAUCAACCAUCAGAGUGAGCCCGGCUGUGACGUCAUUGAAAGCGGGGACGUGGGCGCGCUGUUCCUCGAGCAGCUGACGCGGACCUGCCGCCCCGAUGACCGGACUGACUUCCCCAACUUUCGCAGUCUGCUGUGGCGCGCUAUGACCCAGUUCCCCGACAGGGUGGAACCACGCAGCCGCGAACUGUCUCCUCUGCUGCUCAGAUUCAUCAGGAAUGAGUUUUACUCUGCCGACCUGCUGGUGGCACCCACCCAGGACCUGAGGAAGAGGAGCGAUGCUGCCCUGCGGGAGUCGGAAACAACUGUGGAGGAAGAGGAGGGGGAAGAAGAAGAGGAGGAGGAGGAAGAGGAGGAAAACAUACAACAGAGGAAGGGACCAUCAAGGAAAACUGCUGCCAAACAACUUAUUGCUCACCUGAAGGUUUUUGCCCAGUUCUCCAACCCUCGGGCUCUUUACCUGGAGAGUAGCCUCAGCGAGCUCUACAACCAGUUCCUCUGCCAUCAGGACCAGCAGAUCCAGCGAGCGGCGCUGGAAUGCGUCCUCACAUACAAAGACCCCAGCAUCGCUCCGUACAAAGAGAAUCUGGAGAAGCUACUGGACGACAAACACUUCAAAGAGGAGAUUGUCCAUUUCAACAUUUCCGAGGAAACAGGAGUGGUUGAAGCUUCACACAGAGAGAGACUCAUCCCACUGCUCAUGAGGAUCUUGUUCGGGCGUUUGCGCAGUAGAUCAGGUAGUAAGUUCCAGGGAAAGUCCAGCACCGCCUCACGGUCCUCCAUCAUCCUGCGCUUCUUGGCGGGCUGCCAGCCCGAGGAGCUGGGAAUGUUCAUCGACCUGCUGCUAGAGCCGCUCCGCCAUCACAGCCAAGGUUCCUGUCUGGCCGCAGUAGAGAGGGCCGUGGCCGAGACGGACGUGGCCGCCGUGCUGCCCCUGGGCCGCCAGCAGAACUUGCUCGACAUCAUUAACGUGCUGAUCCACAAAGUUGGCCACCUCAUUCACAUGUACCUGCCGAAGGUGCUGCAGAUCCUGCUGUGUGUCGUCGCCUCUGUGUCCACCAUCCUGGACAAGAGGGAGCAGCUCCGUGCAGGUUGCAUCAGUCCUCUGAAGAACCUGAGGCGACUUGGCCUCCUCAGGGUGCAAGACUUUUUCGAGUGCUUCGACACGUACAGCUUCACUCCAGACGAGCUGGACGCCGUCUUCGCGGCCGUCGUGUGGCCUCAGGUAUGUCGUCUCCCCACUGAGAGCCCUUACUCGCCGACCCCCCUGCUCAAACUCAUCCACGUGUGGUGUAAAAAUGCCAGGUACUACCCCCUCCUUGCCAAGCAAAAGCCGAACCACCCAGAGUAUGAUAUCCUCCUCAACGUCUUCGCCCUCCUGUUUGCAAAGAACGCCUCCCCAAUCACCAUCAACGUCGUAAUGGAUAUAGCCGAGACCCUAGCAACCGCAGAGGACUUCGUUGCCUCGGAGACGGAGACAGAGCUGACGGUCAACGACUGCGUGUUCUCAAAGCCCGAGGAGGGAUCCCUCAUCGCCGCAGACUCUUUAACUCUGGGCUCCAAGGUGCUGCUGCCUCACGUCUCCACCGUGCUGCGGUACCUCAGUGGAAUCGUGAGCAACACCGCCAGACUCAGGAAGAAGAAAUUCAGGGCGCAGGUGUCCAAAGAGCUCAACAUCCUCUCCAAGAUCAGUCGAUUUGUGAGUGACAAGGAGCAGAGCUCAGUGCUCGUCAGCCUCUUGGUUCCCUACCUCCAGAAAGGCAACAACCCUCAGGAGACGGUCCUCGACAUCCUGGCCACCGUGCAGAACCUGCUGCGACAGUGUGUGCAACCGUCCAUGUUUCUGCAGCCUCUCAGCAAACUCUUCUCCGUCAUUCACGAGAAGCUGACCAGAAAGGCCCUCACCAGCGCCUUCCAGACUUUGUCAGACUUUGAGCCUUCACUCACAUACAUCACGGAUGUGGCAGCAAAGCUCAACGCCUUCGACAGCCGGCACUUAGACGAGGUCUACUUCGACGUGCGCCUCACAGCCUUCCAGGACGCUAGCAGGCGGAUCAGAGAGAUGCAAACUCUGGACCUGGACUACAUCCGCACCGUCGUACAUAUCUGCUUCCACACCUACGAGAUUGGGGACAUGUCGCUGGCAGACAACGCCACCUUGUGUCUGUCUGCGGUAAUUACCCAGAUCGCAGCAAUCGGAGCUGGAGAGCGGACGUACAAGGACAUCAUUCAACACACGAUCCUGGAUGCUGUUCGCAAAGGGCUCCGCAGAAAGACAGAAAGCGUUCAACAUGAAUACACCAGUGUUCUGGCCUGCUUGGUGAAAACCUUUCCCUCCAGGAAAGACUUCAGAGACCUGGUUCAGCUCACCAACUACAGCGAUCCAGAGUCUGACUUCUUCGAGCACAUGAAGCACAUCCAGAUCCACCGCAGAGGUCGCGCGCUGAGGAAGCUGGCCAAGCAGCUGACCGACGGCACCGUAGCGAUGACCUCCCGCUCCCUCCAGCAGUACAUCAUGCCCUACGCCUUGACCGCGCUGACGGAUGAAAAGAUGCUGAAGCACGAAAACUUAAUAACGGCAUCGGUGGAGAUGGUGGGCGCAGUGUGCCGCAAGCUGACGUGGUCUAGAUAUAUGUACUACCUGAAGCAAGUCAUCCACCUCCUGCAGACCGCGCAGGUGGAGCAGAAGCUGGCUGUCAGUUUGCUUGUCACAGUUCUUGAGGCGUUCCAUUUUGACUAUGAGACGCUGAGCAGAGAAAUGGAAGCUGCUAAAGCCAGAGAAGCGGGUACGGCCACAGUCGAUGUGGGAGACGAGGAACAAGCUGAAGCAGACGAAUCGGAUGCGAGCGAUGACGAGGAGCCAAUGGAGAUCGACAACAAGGCAGAUUUGUCUGCUGUUCCCAUGGAAACGGACAACAACGGCGAAAAGGAAAGCGGCGUGGUUGAGAAGACGGCCACCGCUGCAGCCACUGGGCCGGCGGCCCCUAAACCGCCCCCAGUGGCCAGCGGCCUGCCACAAAGCGAGAAGGAGCUGGAAUCUCUGAUCGCCACCAUCCAACAGACUGUUACCAACAACGUGCUGCCACGCCUGCACAAGUGUCUCACUGCUAAGAUAAAGCGCGAUGACGAGCACAAAACAGUGAAGUCGAAGGGUGUGAAGAACGAGGAGGUUGCGCGGAUCCCCAUAGCCUUCGCCAUGGUCAAGCUGAUGCAGACUCUGCCUCCAAACGUAAUGGAGGCCAACCUGCCUGGGAUCCUGAUCAAGGUGUGUGUGCUGCUGAAGAACCGUUUCCAGGAGAUCCGUGACGUGGCGCGAGUCACGCUCGUGAAGAUCCUCGAGACGCUGGGGUGCAGGUACCUGCAGUACCUGCUCAAAGAGAUGCAGAGUAUCCUGAUGAAGGGCUACCAGAUCCACGUGCUCACCUUCACGGUGCACCAGCUGCUGCUAGUCCUCAGUUCCACCCUGAAGAGCGGCGACUUGGACCCCUGCAUGAACAUGCUCAUCAGUAUCUUUAACAACGAGCUGUUUGGGGCUGUGGCCGAGGAGAAGGAGGUGAAGGGGAUCGUCUCCAAACUGAUGGAGGCUCGACACAGCAAGAGCAUGGACUCGUACGAGCUGCUGGCCCGGUUCUGCAGCAAGGAGAGCAUCACCACCCUCAUUCUGCCUCUGAAGGAGAUCCUGGAGACGUCGUCCAGUCUGAAGGUCUGUAACCGCGUGGGCGCUGUACUGCGGCGAGUGGUCCUGGGUCUGCUGGUAAAUGAGGGCAUGACCUUCAAGGAUUUCCUGCUGCUGAGCCAUGGACUGAUCAGCCAGAGUCUGCCACUGCUCACCAAGAGAGACCGAGAGAAAGGCUCAGCUCAGCCUCCACCCGACCCAAGGCUGCCUCCUCCCAGCUGCUUGCUCCUGCCUCCAACUCCCAAAAGAGGCAUUCAGAAAGCUCCAGUCAGCAGCCGGACCAACAUGCACAUCCUAGUGGAUGCAGGACUCAAGCUGCUUCACAUGAGCUUGAAAAACAUCAAAGUAACAUUAUCAGAAGCCUCCGCUCUGGAGAUGCUGGAUCCCUUCGUGCUGCUGCUGCUCGACUGCAUCGACUCCAUGCACGUCAGGGUGAUCACAGAGGCUCUGGUGGCGUUCAUUUGGCUGUUGAAGUUCCCUCUCCCAGCGAUACAACAGAAUGCCAGCACGUUGACCAAGCAGCUCUUUGUCCUACUGAAGGAUUACUCUAAGGCCGGAGCUGCCCGGGGCGAGAACUAUGUGCUGGUUCAGAACUGCUUCAAGUGCAUCACUAAAGUGCUCGCGAAGAAGAUCCAAGGCAACAACAUCACGGAGACGCAGCUGCAGGUGCUGCUGGGAUACGCCGAGGAGGACAUCUAUGACCACUCCCGCCAGGCCACAGCGUUCGGCCUGCUGAAGGCAAUUCUAUCCCGGAAGCUCAUUGUUCCAGAGAUGGAGGAGGUGAUGAAGAAGGUGGCCCAGCUGUCUGUAAAUGGCAACAAUGUCAUGAUAAGGAACAACUGUCGACAGAUCUAUGUGAAGUACCUACUGGACUACCCGCUGGGCAUGAAGCUCAGGGAUCACCUGGACUUCGUGGUGGCUCAGCUGCAGUAUGAGCACAGCACAGGCAGAGAGUCUGUGCUGGAGAUGCUGGCGUACGUCUUCCAGACUUUCCCUAAGAAAUUGCUGAGUCAGUACAGUGGUCUGUUCUUUGCCCCGCUGGCCCUGGUCGUGGUCAACGACGACUCGCCGCGCUGUAAAAAAAUGGCCACCAUGGCCAUCAAGGCCCUGCUGGCCCACCUGGACCUGAACAACCAGAACACUCUGUUCGCUCUAGUGAGCACCUGGCUGAAAUCGGAGAAGACCAGCCUGCGGCGUCUCGGUGCUCAGGUUUGCGGCCUCUUCGUGGAGGUGGAGGAGGAGAACUUCGCCCGUCGCCUGGACGAGCUGCUGCCUCUGCUGGAGAAGGAGCUCAACCCUGACAACUAUGAAGAUAUUGAGGAGGAGAAGCACGAGAGGGAAGCGGACCAGCUGCUCUUCAGUUAUCUGACUCUCAUCACCAAACUGAGCCAACACUGCGGGUUUCUGGAGCUCAACAAGCCUCAGGACACGCUCAUCAGUAUCUGGGGUCACAUUGAAGCCCACCUGCAGUUCCCUCACUGCUGGGUGUGGCUCACGGCCUCGCAGCUCUUCGGUCAGCUGUUCGCAGCCCAGCAGGCAGAGCAGCUGCUUUCCACUUGGAGAGGAGACGGUAAAGAUGCCUCAGCUCCGUCGGUGGCCUCGGCCUUUCUCACCAGAAACCUGGACAAGAAGAUGAGGGAGUUGGCGUUAACGUUCUACAGUCAGCUGCAUUCAAAGUUCCUGGACACGGCAUCAGGAGAGCAGGUCAUAAAGAACUUGCUGUUCAUCGGCAAGGUGAUCCACCUGAUUUCCCCCGAGUCUGAUGCCACUGAGGAAGCAAUGAGAGAAGAGGAGGAGGAGAAGGAGGAGGAGCACCAGGAGAAUGGAGACGAAGGGCAGGAAGUAGAGGAUGAGGGAAAGUAUGUGGAGGAAGAAGAGAAUGGGAAAGAUGAUCGGCCGCCCACUCUGAUGUGGCUGAUAAAGAAAAUGUCACUAAUGGCCAAGAAAGAAGCGUCCAACACACCCAAAGUUCCCAUAAAGAGGACAUGUGUGUUCAAGUUCCUGGGGGCGAUAGCGAUGGACCUGGGGAGGGACAAGCUCGGCCCCUAUCUCACCACCAUCAUCGCGCCUCUGUACCGGGAGCUGGACAGCACGUACGCAGAUCAAGAUCCCACGCUGAAGAACCUGGCGCAGGAGCUGAUCGAGCUGCUGAAGAAGCAAGUAGGCCUGGAGAGCUUCUCGCUGGCCUUCACCGCCGUGCAGAAGGAGUUCUCACAGAGGAGAGCGGCCCGCAAGCGCUACAAAGCCCAGCAGGCUGUGGCCAAUCCCGAAAUGGCCGUCAAGAAGAAGCUCAAGAAGCACAAAAACAAAAUCGAAGCCAAGAAGAGAAAGAUCGAGUUUCACCGGCCUGGAUAUAAAGCCAAGAAGCGGCGCAGGCACGCCCUCAAAGACUUGGCCAUGGUGGAGUGAGCCGUGUCACUACAUCACACUGGGCGGAGGUGAAAACAAGCUGACGGACCCAGUAACGUGACUGAUUAGCGGACAAACGCUGGCUGGGGAGUCCCGACUCGGCAGAUUCCAUCAGUGUGGUGUCAGGCUGAGGGACAUGUGAACACUGUUUUUGCUGUAACAACACCCUUGUACGACUAGAAAGGAGACGUGGUGUUAGAGUUGUUGCACCACAGAAACUCUGCACCACUGUUGACUUGCAGAUUAGUUUUUCUGGUGUGAACUGACUAAUGACAUGUCCUCAGAUUUGUAUCCUGUGCGGUAAAUUAAAGGGUAUUUGUAAUUAAAAAUGAAAUUUUAUUAUUUUUUAGCAGUAUGUCAACAGCAUUGCAAUUACAAACAUACUAAUACUUUACGGAGACUUGUAAUGUACUGUGUGUAUUACAUCCAGUAUAUGUGAUUGAGUGAGUUUGCUCAGUAUUUAGUGCUUCAUUACCUGUACUGCAGAGCUGUGGAUCUGCACAGUCAUAGAUGACGUAUCAUUAAACACAUUA